AUGGAGAAACCUGGAUGGAUUCAGAUGUUUCUGCUCCUCACGAUGCUGCUGCAGCUUCCAGGAGUUGUUAGUGGAGAUCUUCUCUACACCAUCAGAGCUGGAGAUGACAUUGCUUUGUCUUGUGAAAAUGCGAUUAAAGGUCGCAGAAACUGUGACACCACCACCUGGAUCUACAGUAAACCAGGAAGAGCAGCACGAGAGCUGGUUGCUCACGGCCAGGUUAGAUACAGCAGAUCAGACCCACUGAGUCUAGCAGGAAACUGUUCUCUAGUUCUGAGGAGCAUCUCAGCUGAGGAUGCUGGUUUAUACUUCUGCAGACAGUAUAGCAGAGAAGGAGGUGAUCUAUUACUUCCUGAUGCUCCUGUUUACCUCUUUGUUGUUACCCUGAGAGAACAAACAGAGCAGAACAAGGUGACGUUCACCUGCUCUGUGUCGCUGUUCGAUGAAUGCAGACAUGAAGUGAAGUGGUUGCUUAAGGGUAACGAUGUGGAGAAAGAUCAUCCUGAUAUAAAGACAUCGUCUCCAUCUUCCUGCUCUGCUGCUGUGACCUUUCAGACCUCCAACUAUGUUUACUCAUCAAGGUUUAAGUUAUUCAAAUGCGAAGUAGAGACAGAAAACAAACAGCAGCUUUUUACCUUCAGCUCUGGUCCAACAGUGGUUGCAUCAGGAGGGAAAACCGACAAGACGGACUCUGCAGGUGAAAGCGGAGCUGCAGACCGAGAUUUAUUGUGGUUGUACAUCUUUGUGGCUCCGGUCCUGCUGGCACUGAUAAUUACUGCUGUAGCGUUCGUCAGGAGAAGAAAAGGUGAGGGACUAAACUUUUUCAUCCUCCACGUCUCCCAGAGAGGAAGUGAAGUGUGGGACUGUGGAGCUCAGGUAACUGAGAUGGUCAGGAAACUUCUGGGCUGCUCUGCAAUAUUGCGUGGACAUCAGGGGCAGUCCCACUGGAUUGGCAGACCGGGGUGGUGGUCCCCCUGUAUAAAAAGAGGAACCCCCAGGGUGUGUUCUAACUGGAGGGGGAUCACACUCCUGCACCUGCCUGGUAAGGUCUAUUCAGGGGUUCUGGAGAGGAGGGUCUGUCGGAUUGUCAGCCGUGGAUUCAGGAGGAGCAAUGUGGUUCCCGUCAGCAGCUGGAAUGAGAAUCAACUCCUCUAAAUCUGAUACCAUGGUCUUGAGUCGGAAAAGGGUAUAGUGCCUUCUCUGGGUCAGGGAUGAGGCUCUGCCUCAAGUGGAGGAGUUAAAGUAUCUCUGGGUCUUGUUCACGAGUGAGGGAAAAAUGGAUCGGUGCUGUGCAGAGGUGAAAAGAGUACUAAAAUUUCCUACUUAAGUACGAGUACCAAUACUUUGAUAAUUUUUUACUCAAGUACAAGUAAAAGUACUUGCCUAAAUGUUUACUCAAGUAAAAGUAAAAAGUAUCGUUAACAAAAUGUACUCAAAGUAAAAGUGACUUUGUUACAUUUUUGUCAGCGUAAGGAUGGCUACAUCUAAGUAGUGCUAAAUCACAACGCCAGUUCACAAUUCACUCGUGUGUGCAUGCACACACACACACACACACACACACACGCACACACGCACACACACACACACACACACACACACACACACACACUCUGCAGCAUGUUAGAAUCAUUUAAAUGACUAAUUUAACUACAUUGAACUGCUUUUGUAAUAAUUUAAUCUCUUAUUCUGGAGUAAAAUAAAGAAACAAGCUAAAUCAUCACAUAUCUGUGGCAUCAAGAAGCAUCUUCUGAGUUCAAACACAGGGAUGGAGCACAGUGUUUACACCUGAACAGUAUCAGGAUGUUUUAUCUCACAGAGGCCUUCAGGUCUUCUGUUUUAUGAGCAAAGUGCUGAGAAUCCGCUUGUUAUGGGCGCUAAAAGUUAUUUUGUCGCUGCCGUGCGGAGCGGUAGAGAAACACGUUUCAAACACGGAACCGAGUCCGGCUACCGAACCGAGCAGAAUUCUGAUGACGUCACACCGGUGCGCAAAGGUGCCGGUUCCAACCCACAGAAGAGAAGGGAGAGAGGAGGUAAACAGCGAGUUGAGGGACUGAACCGAUGUCUUUGAGCAAAAG